UCUCCACAGCAGGGCAGGCGUGUGUGUGUCGACACAGCAGAAUCACCUACAAUGGCGACGGCGAAUGAAGCUGAGGAUACCGCGGCCGUGGAGAUCCGUGGCCCACUGCAGCCGGGGGAUGGCGCCGUGGCGGCGCUGUCGGCUGCGGAGGCACGGCCAGCGGCGCGUCCACCUCCAGGAAUAGGUACACCAUCUACCACAGAGGGCAGGUCCACCACCCCUAGCACUCACUGUCAACCCCACAGCGGUCAAGGCCGGACUCCUGCCGCAGCUGCGCCGCCCACGGCUGCCCGACACACUCCACCACCUGAUGACGCCGACGUCUCUCAUUUGCGGAGCGUUUCUGAAGAAGAGGGCGACAGGAGGCUGAUCCAGGCGGCUCAGCAGGGGGCUCUGGAGCAGCUGCACCUGCUGAUGGCGGCGGGGGCGGACGUCAGGAUGAGGGACGCGUCCGGGCAGACUGCCCUACAUUGGGCAGCAGACAAGGGACACCUGCAGGUGGCGAGGUGUUUGUUGGAGGGCGGGGCCGAGGCUGACGCCAGAGACGGCGGGCAGAGCACUCCCCUGCAUGUGGCUGCACUGUACGGCCACACGGCUCUGGUGCAGCUACUGCUGCAGUGGGAAGCCGACCCCAACGCCAGGAACGAGUUGGAGAGGACGCCUCUGCACUUUGCGGCGGUCUUCGGCCACGAAGAGUCGGCAGCUGCACUGCUCGAGGCAGGGGCCGACAGAGAGGUCAGGGACGGAGGUGGGAAGACCCCUCUUCAACUCGCCAGGCAGUACAACCAGCAGAAACUCGCUCAGAUGCUAACAUAACAGUACCAUAUGUCAGUAAGGAAAUAAAAUUCACUACAUUAUAUUUCGUUAUUUCAAAAUUAAGGGGCUCC